AAUAAUAAUAAUAAGGAAAAAGGAUAAAGUAGCUGCCUUCUACACCCUGGAAAGGCAAAUCCAUGGCCAAGUUGAUUUUUGUUUAUAGGGAAGGUUCAACAAUAAAUCCAGGCGAAGAUUGCUCUCCUCCAUGAUCCCAUAAUUAGUCUCUCUUAAAAACCUACACUUACACAUUAUUUCACAUUCCUUUCCUUUCUUGCACGUUUCUUGUCAAUGUCUAUGUGUUUCUUUCGAUUUGAAAGAUAUUAUUUUCUUUAUUAAAAAUUUUCUCUUUCUCUCUCUUGAGACAAAGGGUAGUAGGUUCCAUGUCUUGUAUCCUUGUUGUUAAAGAGAGAGAAGAAAUUGAGGGUUGCAUGUAUUCUGGUGUAAAGGAAGAGAGUUGCAUGUUUCUGACAUAAUAGAGUAACAGAGAUCAGAGAGAAUAAGAUGUUGCAGAGAGCUGCCAGCAAUGCUUAUUCAUGGUGGUGGGCAAGCCACAUCAGGACUAAGCAAUCAAAAUGGCUGGAGCAAAACCUUCAAGAUAUGGAAGAGAAGGUCCAGACUGUGCUCAAACUCAUCGAAGAGGAUGGAGACUCCUUUGCCAGGAGGGCAGAAAUGUAUUACAAAAAGAGGCCAGAGCUGAUACAUUUUGUGGAAGAAUCUUACAGAGCAUACCGGGCCUUAGCUGAAAGGUAUGAUCACAUAUCAACAGAGCUACAAAAUGCCAACAAUACCAUUGCUUCUGUUUUCCCAGAAGAAGUUCAAUUUGCAAUGGAAGACGAGGAAUAUGAUGCCGCAUCUAGAUUCCCAAAGAAGCAUCCAGAAGUCUCAAAAACAAAUAUCCCAAAGGUUCCAAAGAUUCCCAAAGACAUAAAGGGUAACUUCACCUCAGCUACCAAGAAAUUACAAUCCAAGAAGUCAAUGAAAACAACAAAUUCUGCUACGGUUGCUAAAUCUGGUUUGAGCAAAUCUAAGGGCCUUCAGGAGAUUGACAGGCUUCAGAAAGAAAUUCUGUCUUUACAAACUGAAAAAGAGUUCGUGAAGAGCUCUUAUGAAGGUGGGCUAGCAAAGUAUUGGGAAAUUGAUGAGAAAAUCAGGGAAAUGCAGGAUAAGGUUUGUAGUUUGCAAGAUGAAUUUGGUGAAGGCAUAGUCAUUGAAGACGAUGAGGCUCGACAAUUGAUGGCUUCAGCAGCCUUGAAAUCAUGCCAGGAGACAUUGGCUCAGUUGGAGGAGAAGCAAGAGAAAUCUGCAGAAGAAGCAAUAAUUGAGAGCAAACGGAUCAGUGAUGCCCGGGAGAAGUUGAAGUCUCUCAAAGAUGAGUUUCUACAUGGUGAGAUCAAUCAGGAAAAGCCAAAAGCCAAAGGUAAGUCUAUGAACUCAGUCAGAGAGUUGAAAAGCUCAGACCAAGAACCGAGCAGUGUCACGCAAGAGAGAAAGGAUUUGGAGCUGUUACGUGUAAAAAUUAAGGAACACCUUGAGGUGGAAUCUAAUGCAUCUCUCAGUGUGACAGAACUUGCAGAGAAGAUUGACGAGCUUGUGAACAAGGUGAUUAGCUUAGAAGCUGCAGUUUCAUCACAGGCAGCACUCAUACAGAGAUUGAGAGCAGAGACAGAUGAGCUUCAAGCACAAAUUGGAAUCUUGGAGGAUGAUAAGGCAACACUAAUCAAUGGGAAAAAUGAUUUGAGAGACAAGCUGAUGGAAAUGGAGGAAAAGUUGCUUGGACUUCAGGAAUUAGACAAAAAUGUUGAAGACCAGAAUAACAGUCUUCAAACACAUUUUUCUGAAGCACAUUGUAAUCUUGAUCAUAUCUCAGAGAAACUGCAUGAUGUGAAGCCAGAUGAUGAGCUCGAGGACACACCCCAGACACAGUGGAAAUCUCUAGUUGAAGUUGAAUUACAACAAGAGGUCAAAAGACAAGAAGGUGUUCUGAAUUCUAAUGAUGGCCUUCAUGAGCUGCAGAAAAUAAACUCAGAAGAGGAAAGCGAGGUUUUGGAUAAACAACAAGAAGAGGUCAAAAGACAAGAAGGUGCACUGAAUGCUAAAGAUGACCUCCAUGAACUGCAGAAAAUAAACUCAGAAGAGGAAAGCGAGGUUUUGGGUAAACAACAAGAAGAGGUCAAAAGACAAGAAGGUGCACUGAAUGCUAAAGAUGACCUCCAUGAACCACAAAAAAUGAACUCAGAAGAGGAGCACAAGGUUUCAAGUAGACCACAAAAAAGUCUCAGAAGACAAGAAGCUGCACUGAAUCUUGAUGACAAUAUUAAUGAAUCAAAUGAAGAGAUCAAAAGACAAGAAAGUGCACUGAAUGCUAAUGAUGACCUCCAUGAAUCACAGAAAUUGAACUCAGAAGAGGAGCAGAAGGUUUCAAGUAAACCACAAAAAAGUCUCAGAAGACAAGAAGCUGCUCUGAAUCUUGAUGACAGUCCUAAUGAAUCACAUGGAGAGGUCAAAAGACAAGAAGGUGCACUGAAUGCUAAUGAUGAUCUCCUUGAAACACAGACAUUGAACUCGGAAGAGGAGCAGAAGGUUUCAAGCAAACCACAAAAAAGUCUCAGAAGACAAGAAGCUGCUCUGAAUCUUGAUGACAGUCCUAAUGAAUCACAUGGAGAGGUCAAAAGACAAGAAGAUGUACUGAAUGCUAAUGAUGACCUCCAUGAACCACAGAAAUUGAACUCAGAAGAGGAGCAGAAGGUUUCAAAUAAACCACAAAAAAGUCUUAGAAGGCAAGAAGCUGCACUGAAUCUUGAUGACAGUCCUAAUGAAUCACAGAAUGUGGAGCCACAGGAGGAACUCAAGGUUCCAGCCUCUAUGCAGAAAGAGAAGAAAUUUUCUUCUGAAGUCAAUUCACUGGCAGAGUUGAAAGAGCGAGAAGAAAAACUUACAGAAGGGCUCAAGGUUUCAGAAUCUUUGCAGAAAGAGAAGGAAUUUUAUGCCGAAGUCAAUUCUCAGGCUGAGUUGAAAGGACAAGAUGAAAAACUUAAUCCUGAGGAUCUCGAGGAUUCAGGUAGAACACAUGAAGAAUCCAGAGGACGAGGAAGUGCACUAAGUCCUGAUGGCAGUCUUGAUGGGGAGGUCGAGGUUUCAGUUUCUUCACAGAAAGAAAAGGCUACAGAUGAGAAAAAGGAAAAGGAAGAGAUAAAAGAACAUCUCAGCACCUCUAACAGAAAUCAUGGAGACGAUGCAAGUCUACCACAGACAAGUAAUGAACCUGAUGAUUCUCAGGAGAAAUCUUAUGACAUGAAAAAGGAGGAGAAAUUUGAAAAGCAAGAUUCACCCAAGGCUGUGGACAAUCUCCUUGUUGUAGAAACACAGAAGCAGGCAACAGAGCAAGAUGAUGAGCCAGACUGGAAGUAUUUGUUCAUGAAUGGUAUGGAAAAUAGAGAAAAAACUAUGUUGAGUGAGUAUACUACAAUUCUUCGGAACUAUAAAGAACUCAAGAAGAAGCUUGGUGAAGCAGAAACCAAAAAUGGGGAUGACCUCUUUGAUACAAUGGUGCAGUUAAAAGAACUGAGGAGUGCUAAUGCAAAGAAGGAUGAACAGAUUAAUAUCUUGCGUCAGAAACUGAGCCUUCUCCAAACAGGCUUGGGUGAAAAUGAAUCUGAUAAAUCAACCUUGACAGAGGCAGAAUUGCAAAAAAUAGAGAGAGAUGUAAUAUAUGAUGUCAAGCUGAUAACAAUGGAAGAGCCAGAAAUCUCACCAAUUGAAAACAAAUUCCGGAUGAGCAUCGAUGAACUGUUAGAGGAGAACUUAGAUUUCUGGUUAAGAUUCAGUUCUACAUUAUAUCAAAUUCAGAAAUUUGAGACUGAAAUCAAAGAUUUGCAGUCUGAGUUGUUGAAACUUGAGGAGAAAAAGAAGCAGCAAGAUGGUAGCACUAAUGCAAAGUUUUCUCUGAAAUCAGAUGCAAAACCGCUGUACAAGCACCUUAGAGAGAUUCACACUGAAUUAGCGGUCUGGUUAGAAAAAAGUAUGCUACUGAAAGAUGAACUGAAGAGCAGAUUCUCAUCCUUGUGUGAAAUUCAAGAAGAAAUAACUGCUGCUUUGAAGGAGAGUGCUGAAGAUGAUGACUUCAAGUUUACAAGCUACCAAGCUGCUAAGUUCCAAGGUGAGAUUUUGAACAUGAAACAAGAGAAUAACAAGGUUGCAGAUGAAUUGCAGGCUGGCUUAGAUCAUGUUACGACACUCCAGCUGGAAGUUGAAAGAGCUCUAGCAAAGUUGAAUGAGGAAUUCAAGCUUGCUGGAUCAAAGAAUCGCCAAAAUAUCCAACUGGAACACUCCGACAGCAGAUCUCGAGUUCCUUUGCGGUCAUUUAUCUUUGGUAACAAACCAAAAAAGCAAAAGCAUUCAAUCUUCUCCUGCGUGCACCCUGUACUGCAAAGGAAAUACAAUGGUUUGAAGGCAGGGAUUUAAUGUCUAAAUUGAUUGUUUUUAAUGGUUUACUGCUUUAGUAUUUUUUUUUUAAUUUCUCUCUCUUCCUUUUUCAUUGUUAUUUUUAAGAAGCUGUAGCUUCGCCUUGAUUUUGACAGGGCAUGUUUUCCUUGUAAUAUAGAUGUUUAUAUUUAAUGAAAACAGCAGGAAUUUUUCAGCA